GGAACAAUAAUUAUUAUUGACAAGUUUUGCUCGCGCUGCUGCGCCGUCUGCGGAAUGAAGCUUGCGUAGGGCGCUAACCACGUUUAGUGGAGAACCUCGUGAAACAUGCCGGCGCUCGAUACAUUCGACUGGUUGGAGGGAUGGUGGAUUGGCCUCAAUGCCUUUCUGUUUGGUCUGACCGCCGGCUGGGCGUUCUUCCACAAUGGCCUGGCACGAGAGCCGGCUGCUGCUACCGGUAACACAUCGCGCGCGGCUGGAGGCUCCACGUGCUCCAAGUCUUUACAGCACUCUGCGGAUGGACAGCUGCGUGAACAACAGCAGCUGCUGAAGCGCCUUGUCUGCAUUCGGACUCUGGGGUUUGCCAUCCAGUCCUUCCACCUGAUAGCAGUGUACCGCCUAUGGGAGACCUCACGUAAGUAAACACACCGUACACCCGCACACCGAUACCGCUGCACAGCUCCCAAGCCCCUUGCCCGUUGUCCUAACCCGCUUUCAUCUCCUUGCAUGACCACCCCCUCCACCGCCGCACCACCACGACUCGCUCCUCCAGCAACACUGUACGACCAACUUGCUCCUUUUCCCCAAAUACGUCGCUCACUCCUCCC